AUGACGUCAUACCUUCCACCCACAAAACUGUGCGGGGGUUCACGGGGCCUGAGCCUGGUUCCAGCCUGGCUUCCCGCAAAGUCUGUGGCCUUCGUACCAGACUGGCUGAGAGGCAAGGCGCAAGUCAACCAGGAGAUGAUCCGGCGGCUCCUGGAGGAGAAUGACCUGCUGAUCCGCUGUAUGGUGGAGUAUCAGAACAAAGGUCGGGCGAAUGAGUGCGUCCAGUACCAGCAUGUGUUACACAGAAAUCUCAUUUAUUUGGCUACCAUUGCAGCUGCCAACCCAACCAGUCCUUCAAAAGUAAUGGAGUAAUCUUCCAGCCGACGGUUGUGAGGAGUAAUUGAAUGUAAUCCAUUUCCUGUG